CGAGGAGCAGCUAAGGCUAAGCGUAGACAUUGUGCAGUUUGCACUACGAGAAACAUAAGAUGCAGCAGGAUUUGCGAAUUUGCUGAUUAUUUCCCAUAUGAAUUAUUAAGGGAAUACGAAAGUGCUAAUGAUUUGUUUGGUACGCCAAAUAUUCUAAAAAUGAUGAGACUUGCUCCUACAGAACAAAAGUCGGUGUUGGCAUCUUCCAUACUCAUUGAAGGUAUUGCAUGGACAUGUGAUCCUGUUCGAGGUGGAUUCGGAAUGCUGCAAAGGCUCGUGUGGGAGGUUCAAGUACAUGAAGCCUACCUCAAUGAGUUGAAGGAGAAGAUUAAAGACAAAAAAAGAAAAAGA